AUGGCCGAGAGCGGGGAGGGCUGGAGCGCUACAGAGGCUUUUGCUUCUGGGAGUCAUGCCUGGAGCCUUGAUGACAUCGUUUUCCUUCCCGGCUCGGGAACCGAGAAGGUGCCCAAUCUGUCCUGUCGCAUCACAAAGAACAUGAAGCUGGGCAGGCCAGUGCUGAGCGGCCCGAGCCAAAUUUCAGAGGAAGGCAUGGCAAUGGCUCUGGCCCUGGAAGGUGGCCUCGGAAUUAUCCACAGGCACAUGCCAGUGGCUACACAAGCCACCAAGGUUCGCCGGGUGAAGCAAUAUCACUCGGGUUUCAUCUUGAACCCGACGUGUGUCGCACCGAAGACCACCCUCCAGAAGGCAAGAAGCAUUCAGGCCGAGCUUGGUUGCAGCAGCCUGCCCGUCACAGAGAAUGGCAGAAUGGGCGGGCGUUUGGUGGGCCUGGUCACCAAGAGAGACCUGGAAGGGCAGCAAGGGAACCUGCUUGUCGCGUCUGUCAUGAAUCGCGAUGUGGUCUUUGUGCAAGAGCCCGUCACGCUGAAGAACGCUUGUGUACACAUGCAGCAAGCGAAGGUGUCAAAGCUGCCCGUGCUGAACAAGGACAUGGAGCUGGUGGCCCUUCUUUGCCGGGGUGAUAUGAAAAUCGCCGAGCAACAUCCCAUGGCAUCCAGGGAUGCGAACAGGCAACUCAUGGUUGCGGCUGCAGUGUCUGCGCAUGAAUCGGACGGCUGGGAGCGCGUGAAGGCCAUGGUGGAGGCUGGCGCUGAUGUGCUGAGCCUGGACGUGGACGAGGGUGUCGACCAAUAUGUUGUCGCUUUUCUCAAGCAAAUGAAGGACAUGUUUGCCGGAAUCGAUGUCAUCGUUGGCCCAGUGAACUGCCUCCGCCAGGCGACGCUGCUUUGCGAACAUGGUGCUGAUGCCGUGCGAGUUGGAAAUGCCAAAGGCGCAGAAGCCACGACAAUCUUCGAGAUCUCCAGGUCCCUUCGCUCCACCUUUGGGGUGCCGGUCAUCGCAGAUGUAGGGGUCCGGGACUCAGGGCAGAUUCUGAAGGCUCUUCUGCUCGGCGCAAAUGCGGUGUGUCUCGAUACAAUGCUCGAGCGAUGCGAGGAGGCGUGCGGUCUUCACAUCUUCCGAGAAGGUGUGCGGGUUAGAAUGGAGCCCCACCAAGGAGAUCGUGUUGUUGCAAGCGGCGUGCCAAUGACAGUAGUUGAUCGGGGCUCAGCGCUGACAUUCCUGCCUUUCCUGUUCAACCAGCUGCGGCGAAGUCUUCAGGAUCUUGACAUCGACUCGCUUGGCGAAAUCUCGAAGGCUCUGGAGCAGGGCAAGUUGCGUCUAGAAGCUCAACAGCCGAGCUUUCCAGAUUCGUGGCAGGCACCGAAGAUGUAUCCCAUCAUUGCGGGCGGGCUCCACUCCAUCCGCUGA